CGCUCUUAUGCAUCUUUCUCUCUCUCUCUCUGGUUGCUGUUGGCGGCGAUUCCCACUUCGAGGGAUUCGAAGCUGAAGACGACGAAUUCGAAGACGCUUCUAUCGAUCCCACCACUCUCCGCUCUCCCCGCCGAUCCCGUAUCCUCCGAUCACAAUGCUUCCCUCUCCGAUCCAACUUCCCCUCCCACCCAACCCGACGCCAAGCGUCCUCGCUCCUUCACCGUGGAGAUCGUAUGCAUCUCUUUCCUCAUCGUGUUCGCCAUCAACUACUUCACCGGAAAGCGCGAGAACGAGAACAUAGCCCUCUCUUGGGCCGCACAGUUCGCCGCCAAGGACUCCAUCUUCGAGAAGAAUUUCAGCCUCCUCGGCAUCGGCGAUGGCGGCGACGACUCUCCACUCCUCCUGAAAGAAGGACAAACCACCUUCAAGUUUUACGCCAGCGGCCGCAGGUACUGCCAGGGCCUUCUGGCCACACUGGAGCUCAAGAGCCGCCACGAUCUCAUCGCCAGAAUCUACAACAUGGUGGUUCCUACCAGGGACGAGAUCAGCUUCGAGGUUUACAUGAACGACGACGCCAUGGAUCACGUGGUCUUCGCCAUGGCCAAGAAGAAGGCUGCCAAGGCCAUGCACAAGGAUGUCAAGGACUUGCAGAGGUUCGCCGGUUUCGUCUCCGCCCCAAAUGGCCGCAAGUGGAUUACUGACGAUUUGGCUGUGAUUUCUGAGUCCAAGGAAGUUGCUGGCGAGUUGAUCACCGAUGCUGUCAUUGAUCAGGUGUUUGGUGAAAAAGCUUUUGAGAAAUAUGGGAAAAGUUUAAUAUCCUUGCAUUUCUCCGACCAACACCCUGGCAGACACAGGAAGGUACUGAUGUUCAAGUUUGCGCUUCCGUCUGCUAAAAUCAAUAUAUGCAUGCUUGGAUUGAAAAUUUUAUACUAUUUGUCUUUGGUCUCUGAUUGAAUCGUGUGCAUUAUUUAGGCUCGGUCCAAGACGGAGACGGCCCGACAAAAGGCUGCUCAAGAGGCUCAAAAAGAACUCCGAAAUGCUCAGCAAGAGGCCAUGCAGAGAAGAAAAGCAGAGAGGAAAAAGAUGAUGGAGGAGGCUGAGGCAAAGCUCAGUGCGGAGGCUAUUCGAAAGAAGGAGGCGAAAGAGCGCGCCCGCCAAAUGAAAAAGGCAAUGCCAAGGAUGAAAAUGGCUCGCGGUGCCUAAUUAUUUAACGUUAUUGUGUUUGAUGAUGACUCACGAGUAGAGUUGAAGACCAUCCCCACCCCACCUUGUAGUUGGGUCUCCUGCCUUUUGUAGAACUAGGGCAGUGUACUUUUGUUAGUCGGCAUUUCUUCUAAAGAAGCUAAGCUAGAUAGGCGUGGCCACCUUAUGGCGGAUAUGCAAUGUACCAAAUUGUCGAUUUUAGAAACAUUUGCCUAUAAGCUCCUAGUUACAACUUCAAGCAACCUUUUUCUGGCUUUUGGACAAGGUUGUAUCCUCAUUUUCUUUUUCUGACAGCGUGCCCAAAAUCCAUAUUGUGACAACGCCUAAAUGGACUUCCUUAUUUGCUUUU